AUGCUUUCCUGGAAUAGUAGUGAUGUUACAGGGCCCAUAUUUAUCCUGAAGGGUUUCCCUGGACUGGAGUAUGUCCAUACUUGGCUCUCAGUGCCUUUCUGCCUUGCUUAUUUGGUAGCCUUCAUUGGUAAUGUAACCAUUCUCUCUGUUAUUUGGAUAGAGUCCUCACUCCAUCAGCCCAUGUACUACUUCCUGUCCAUCUUGGCACUGACUGACCUAGGUAUGUCCAUGUCCACACUUCCAACAAUGCUGACUGUGCUGUGGUUGGAUAUCCGAGAGAUACAGGCGAGUGCUUGCUACGCUCAGUUGUUCUUCAUCCAUACAUUCACAUUUCUGGAGUCCUCAGUGCUUCUGGCUAUGGCCUUUGACCGUUUCAUAGCAAUCUGUCGUCCACUGCACUAUUCUACCAUCCUCACCAACAGUGUGAUUGGCAAAAUUGGUAUGGCCUGCUUGCUUCGAAGCAUGGGGGUUGUUCUGCCUACACCUUUGCUACUGAGACAGUAUCACUAUUGCCACAUCAAUGCCCUCUCCCAUGCCUUCUGCUUACACCAAGAUGUUCUGAGGCUAUCCUGCUCUGAUGCCAGGAUCAACAGUGUCUAUGGACUAUGUGUAGUUAUUGCUACACUAGGUGUGGAUUCAGUCUUCAUACUUAUUUCUUAUGUUCUUAUUCUGAACGCCGUGCUGAGUAUCGCAUCCCGUGAAGAGCGACUAAAAGCUCUGAACACCUGUGUUUCCCAUGUCUGUGUGGUGCUCAUCUUCUUUGUACCAGUAAUUGGGGUGUCAAUGGUCCAUCGCUUCGGGAAACAUCUCUCUCCCAUAGUCCACAUCCUCAUGGCUGACAUCUACCUGCUUCUCCCCCCAGUGCUUAACCCAGUUGUCUACAGUGUGAGGACAAAACAGAUCCGCCUAGGAAUUCUCCGCAAGUUUAGAUUAAGUAGAAGGUUUUAA